AUGUCUUUCCACGUCAGCUGCGAAGACAUCCGCAUCGAGGUUCUGCCCGGUGACGCCACCUACCUGUGCUGUGCUGGCAAGGACGUCGAUGGCAACUGGCACCCUAACCGUCUCCGUCUCGACGACAUCAUCGGAAACAGCGAUGGCUGGUUCAUCUGGGGUGGCCGUGACUUCACCCACAGUGCUCGUGAGAUCCACCUCGAACACGGCGCCAACGGCCCUCACCUCACCGCUGAGCUGCCCAUGCGGGAUGGCGGCUACCGUGAGCGCCAGGGAAUCGACCUGGCCGACAAGAUUCGGAACGAGAACGGUCGUCUGAUCUUCCUGGGACCUUGA